AACAAACUCAAGAGUUAAGAGUUAACUGAACACUGAAGAGCAGAGCUAAACCAAAGCAGAAUCGUACCGUACUGAAUUGAAUUGAAUUGAACCGGGUUGGUUUGCUGUUUCUAUAUUUGGUUUAGUGAUGGAUCAGGGACCGUCGUCGUCAAAGUACAAAGGCGUGAGGAAGAGGAAGUGGGGGAAGUGGGUUUCGGAGAUCAGACUUCCCAACAGCAGAGAGCGUAUCUGGUUGGGAUCUUACGACUCUCCCGAGAAGGCGGCGCGCGCCUUCGACGCCGCUCUUUACUGCCUCCGAGGAAGCGGCACCAAGUUCAAUUUCCCGGAUAAUCCUCCGGCGAUCAGCGGCGGAGGGAACAUGUCGCGAUCGGAGAUCCGAGACGCCGCCGCGAGGUUCGCUAAUUCGGAAGAGAGUGUGGCGAGUGAGAUGGUGGUGCAGCAGCAAGAGUCUCCUUCGACGACGAUGGCGAUUGAUUCGGAGUUUUUGAGUAUGCUUCCGACGGUCGGGUCGGGUAAUUUUGCUUCGGAUUUCGGGUUGUUUCCCGGGUUCGAUGAUUUCGCGGACGAAUUUUUAGGUGAUCGUUUUGUAGAACAGGUUUCGCCUACGUGGAAUGGGGAUGAGAGUUGUUAUGAUGGCUCUGUGUCUCUUUGGAAUUUUUGAAGCUAGCAGAGAGAAUCUGCGAUUUUGUUUUUCCUUUUUUGGGAGGUAUGACGGGCCCCAUCAAAUUUGUUUCAUUUUGUAUCCACAACUUUAGUUUGGAUAUGUUUAUUUUUUUUGUAACUUCCCCCCACUUUUUGGGACAUCA